AUGGGAGACACAAGUACAACAACUGUGACACCUACUGCUAGCUCUACAACAAAACCAACAGAAGGAGACACAAGUACAACAACUGUGACACCUACUGCUAGCUCUACAACAAAACCAACAGAAGGAGACACAAGUACAACAACUGUGACACCUACUGCUAGCUCUACAACAAAACCAACAGAAGGAGACACAAGUACAACAACUGUGACACCUACUGCUAGCUCUACAACAAAACCAACAGAAGGAGACACAAGUACAACAACUGUGACACCUACUGCUAGCUCUACAACAAAACCAACAGAAGGAGACACAAGUACAGCAACUGUGACACCUACUGCUAGCUCUACAACAAAACCAACAGAAGGAAACACAACUAGAACAACUGUGACACCUGCUGCUACAACUACAACAAAACCAACAGCAGGAAACACAACUAGAACAACUGUGACACCUGCUGCUACAACUACAACAAAACCAACAGCAGGGGAUCAAUGCAACCCAAAUCCUUGUGGAGAAAAUUUGGCUAAAUGUAUUGCUCUGUAUUACCACUAUGUUUGCCAGUGCCCCUAUGGAUUCUACUACAGCAACAGUACUUGUCAGACAGGGAAAAUAUUCCCAGGGACUGUUACACUGAAACAAUUUUACUCUAAGGAUGUUGAAGAUGUAAAUUCCACACUGUAUCUAGAGAUGUUCCAAAAUAUAACAAAUUUUUUUGAGGAUGCUUUUAACUUAACAGACUUCCAACAGACCGUCAUCGUGGAAGUUAAGUAA